CGACCAUGUAUCUGCUUGAAUAUAGGCACUUUUCCCCACUAAUUCAGUUCAUGUCAGACGAUCCAAAAUGGAAGCAACAAUAGACCUAGGCAGAGCCGAUUUCCAUUCCUCAGACUCAACUUUGACUCUCACAAUGAAUGCCUCCAUAUUCAUACAAUCCCGCAGAAGACCCCAAAUUGCCGCACGCGACAUGCAUCUCAUACAUCUAAUGACCAUGAGAAGGGCUUGGGUGGCUGAAGCACCAGAGAUCAAACUGAACAUAUCCAUCAAUGCUCAUAACGUAUCCAAUGUCACCGUCUCCACUUUUGUGCCAGUUGUGGGGGAGAUGCUCUGCAAUGCAAAGCUCUGGAAAGAGUUAGGCUUGGCUAUCAUGUACAAAAGCUGCGAAUAUUUCGAUCACAAAACCCCUCCGAGCUUUCAAUUAGCCUUCGGAAUUGGAAGAUCGCUCAUACAACCUGCUGUCUUGCCAACAGUGAGCCGCAGAGUUCCAAAGGCUGUGCAGGCAUCAGGGAAGCCCAUCCCUCCGCCAUACAUCGAGACUUUUAGUAUAUCUACAGUCAACAUAAGUCUAGCUUUCAUGCCCACAGAUCCCGAAGUGCAGCCACAUCCUCCCGCGCUGAUCAUGUCUUCAGAGCUCGACAAAAGGGACAUUCCCGAAUUCUCUGAUACCAGAGAUUUCACAGAAGAGCUUGCAGAUAUGGAUAAUAGCCCGGAUAGCACCAUGCUCUCAAGCCCUCCCACAGAACCAGCAGCUGGAAGCUGCAACGCCAACCACCAAGCGUUACAUCACCUACUUCGUGCCGGAUUGAGCUACCUGUUGAUUGGCAACAGUCAUGAGCAAGGACAGACAGAGCCGGAUCCAGAGACGGCACAAUUGCAAAGUCUUCCAAGAAUGGCGCCGUCAGUCUUUAGCCCUGGGUACAGUGAAGCAAUGAGCCAACGUUCGCUGCUUAUCACAUCGCUCGUCAAGUCCCUGACAUCCAUGUUGAAGCGACCCAUGAAUCAUUCUUUGCGACAAAUUGUCAGCAGUAUGAAGGUCGCAUACGUACCGGACAGUCUUCCAUUGACGGCAGUAGAUGCGGGAAACAUUCUCCAGGCGGCAUUCUGGACUCUUGCUCAAAAACAACUCUACAAGGCAGAAGCCUCACACAAGCUGAGCCGAUUGGACGAGAUCAAUCCUACAGACUUGGACGAAGCAUAUGCUCAUGAAUCUCCUCUAAUAACUGGUUCGACGGAAGAGGUCCCGAACUGUUUCAACCACGCUGCUACCGAGAAAGUCGACAUGGCUUCUGAGGACUACUUAGGCACUGAGGACUAUUUCGAGCUUGAUUGCACAUCCCAGACAAACUCUCUCUUAUCAGUUGAUGAGAACUGUACAUGUUCUGUCAAUGAGAGGCUGUGGGAUACCACAGAAAGAGGUUCAAUGGAGCUAGCCAUUGCGAGCCAAUUGCCUUGUCCAGGUUCUCCAGCACUCAUAUCCGACAUUGAGGAUUUCGAAGAAGAUGAUGACAUGAUGUAUAAGAUUCUAUGA